AUGGCUUCCCGGAUCAUCUUCCACAUGGUGUACGCAAGCCGCGGCGAUGCGAUCAUCCUCGAAGUGUUCAUGCCGGACAACACCGACCGGUUUCUGGUGAUUGUAGACGGCGGUCCGAUCCACAACGGACCAAAGACCCGAGGCGCAGACCCCACUGCGCCGUACUACCGAUACCUCAUGGCCGUGGCCCAGCACGUCUGGGGGCUCAACUCGAGCAAACCGAAAAUCAAACUGAUGAUCAACACCCACAAUGACAACGAUCACUACGGUGGCCUGCUCGAGCUGAUUAGGAAAAGGCAUGCGGGACAAGAUGACUUAUUCAAUUUCGAGUUUACAGGGCCGUUUCUCUCGCCGUAUUAUAAGAGUGGCUCCUUCACACAUAUAGAAAAGGCGCUGGGGGCUGCUAGGUUUUACGGAAACAACCUCCCUCUCACCAGAAAUCUCUUCGGGGAGGUUCUCAUGGCGGACGGGACAAUCAAGGUGCAUUUUCCGGGGCAUGACCAGAUUGUGCAAUUUGUAUAUUGCCAGCCAGGCCACGCUCCUCCUCUCCUCAGCAAUCUCACUCCGAUCCCCACCACAACGGCCCAUGACAAGAAUGACAGCAGUAUUUUGACGACGACCCGCUUUUCCAACCUGACCCAAGGGACAUUCCUUACCGGCGAUGCAAGAGCACAACGGAUUCAGCAGGAAUUUCCGGCGACCCUUCUGGGUGCCCAUAUGUACAAGCUGGAACACCACGGUGGAAUGACCGGACAGCAUGACGACUGGUAUCCGGGUGGCGAUGGAAAUUGCGCAUUCACCAAACCUUUCUUGCACGAGUUCUUGCUGAUGAACCUGGCGAUUAUUGAGGAUCCAGAUGUGACGGAAAUUCACGUGUUAGACCAUGACAGCGACCUGGAGCGCUUGCGCCUAGUUGCCAACUACUUCAAAACCGUGAUUGUCAACAAUAAUACCAACUACACGACGCUACGCUCCAGGCUUCGCGAGCAGCGAGAGACGCAUGUUCGUAACGCCUUGGAUUGGAAAGUCCACCGACAGGCGGUGGGAGGGACACUGCCACCGGCCUUAGCAUGUGUCGAUCUUGUAGUCUACAACAACAUUACUGUGUCGGAUCUUUACACUAGGCUGCGAGCUGCUCUGAAAAAUCCCGACGCAUUGACUGGGCGAACGCCCUAUGAAACCUGGCUAAUGAAUAAUCCUAAUGUUGUUCAUACAGCGGUCAAAGGGCUGUUGCCGUACACAGGGGUUGGUGCAGGCAGGCGGAAGGUCAAGUGGUUCAGAAAUUAUUGUCGGCUUAAUACACAGUGGCUGAUGGGUGAGUUGUGGACGAUCAUACAGAUUCGGAAGCAUUAUGCCCGGUUUCGAGUCGACACAUACACUGUCAGCGGCACUGUUCGCGGAAACAGCCAGCAUCCGACAUAUGAAGUACUCUGGGGGCUGGCCUUAGCAUGUCGGUAUCCCGAUGCGACGAAUCCAAAUGCGCCGGGCAGAGCGGCGACGCUUUAUGUGACGGAUCCAAGCAACUUAUACCACAGCCAGUUGGUGAAAAUCGGGAAGAGAUGGAACCUGGGCCUAAACGAGUUCUUUGCCGGACAGUAUUUGACCAUCCGGUAUUUGGAAAAUGGCAUGUUCUUUUCGCUCAAUACACAGCCGGGACAACCAAACUAUGAGGUCGGAGCCCACACCGGGGCGCUGGGCGCUCUACAGAAUGCACCCCAGCAGCUGGUAUUGAGGAACAGCCUUUCCGACAACAAUAAUGUCCUUCAAUACCAAAACGCGGCUCGUUAUGGGGUGAAGUUGCAAGAAAUGAUGAUGGAAGUGGUGCAGGAUAAUAACCAGCAAUCUCAGCCAACGGGCCAUUUCAUCCAUGUGAGACUGGACAACAACCAACAGAACCCCCGCCUCACUGUGGAGAAUGGAGAAUGGGCAGUUUACGGGAGACCCUCCAACCCGACACUCCUAGGAAACGUAUCAGUCCGGCCGGUAGAUGCUGGCAAUAACGAGGCCUUGACCAAUGCCUUCACCUUUGCUCUCCUGUACCACCGCACGGAUAUCGACGGCGUGUUACUGUGGAAAGUCGUGAAUCGAGCCGACGGCCGUCAGCUGUACUACAACGGCUUGGGCCAGGUAACAUUUCUGUUCUUGGGGAACGAAGAGCUCAUCAUAAAGAUCAAGAUAGUCGAGCCAGGAACGGUCGAGGCUCUGCACCAGUUUCAUGGGACGCAUGCCAUCGUCGCGGCACCGGUCAUUCAGCUCGACCCCAGCCGUGCUGCGGUAAUCUAUCGGGUCGACAACGAGGAGGAGGAAGCCACAGAAGAAGCCACAGAAGACCUCGCAGAAGACCUAGCGGGGAUUUCAUUGGAAUAUCCAGCUGGAGCGGCGGUGGAAGAGGGCCCCGACGAUGUCAUGGAAGCUGCGCCAGAAGAGACUCGGGAAGAUUCCGACUUGGUCACAACCACUGAUACUCAUCCCGAGACUCCUGACUUCAGUGAGACGCCCUCAACAGUGAUUGGGACGCUACUACCGCCACAAGAGGCCGCCUCAGACCUUCAAAUCCACUCGAUAAGCUCGGGAUUGGAGACUAUGACAGUAACAGUGGACGUUCCGGAUGAUGCUAACACGACCUCUACUUCCCUCAACGACUUUCUCCAACAGGGAGGUCACAUGCCAGACUCGAGCGCGGCCCUGGAGAAGGUGUUUUCAUCGCUUCUCCGAUACAAAACUAAGCUUGCAAAUCACUUUCCUCCUGGCUUGAUGGAACUUGCCAAACUGAUCAAAAUUGACAUGGCCAGCUCUACCGUUACUGUCCCUCCCCCCUCACAAAAGCGCAUGCUGUCUUCCCAGGCUCGCGGCUACGGCUUUGAAACGUGCAAGUUGGUCACCUCCGCCGACAUCCCAACGCCACUGCAGCUCCAGCUUGGAGACCAGCAGCUGCAAAUACCGGCGCCCAAUUGCGGGAUUAAGUUGGUCUUAAACGGGCUUGACUUGACUGUUGAGGUCUCGCUGAACACGGAUGAGGUUUCGAUGGACUUGCGACGGAAAACCACCCUCGCUAGCACACUCUCCAGCCUAAGAGAUUAUCUGGUCAGCCAGGGACUGAAGCCAGAGCAUAUUUUGAAGACGUCCUUGUUAGCUUCCUUGGUACUGAUUUGCGGAGACGCUGAGCGGGUACUCGAUCGGCUGACCCAAGCAGUCCCGCAAGUCAUCCUCGAAACAGGGUUUGCAUAUCUGCUGCCCGACUUGGACAACUCGCCGGUUACAUGGCGGGAAACGCCGUUUGGAGAACACGAGAUCCAAACAGCAACAGUGCUGUGCCAACUCAAUGCCGGGACAAUUGACGGCGAAAAAUACAAGUUCUCACCCCAAAUGGACUUUGGAUGCGUCAAAGUCGCGCUUGACUCUCUCUCUGUCGAAGUCGGGGAGAUAACCACAAUCGAUCAUAUCUCAAGCAGAAACGGCGAAACCACCACAUCAGACCUUUUUGUGCAGGCACAACCUGAUCGAGAUAUCACCCUCGUGGCCCAUGCAAGCAUCGGCUUUGAAACUUCCAAGGCCGUUCAGCUCACGCUGCGUUACAAUAUCAAGCCUAUCUGGACUGAGCUCGAGUUCGAGGCUGCGUACAUCAGCUCGCUAGCCGAUCUGGUCGCGAAUUUCGAUUCUAGCACACAAUCGGCGCUUCCAGAAUUUGAGAAGCUGCCGGUUCCAUUGACCAAAUCCACCUCGCAAAACCCACAACCGAAUGUAAACGCAGGGGCAGUCGCAGGAGCCUGCUUGGCCGACCUUAAGCACACCAAAUUCGGUUUCACUUUGAAAGAAGUGAACUGGGGCACCAACAAAUUCGAUCUGUCGCGCAUCUUCGUGCAGGUCGACUGUAACGACUGGCUUGAUUAUCUGCCGGGGACCCUCAAAUCAAACGCAAUUCGGGACAUCCAAGCCAGAGUCAUAGUCAGGGAUCCCACCAAAGAGACGCAUCGUGUCGAGACGGAUAUCACGUUCAAAGUCGAUUUGCCUCCUGACAAGCUGCAGCUCCAAGAUCAAUUUAUACAGGCUCGCUUCAGUUCUAUUUCUCUGACUCCUACAAGCAAUUACUACUUCAAUGUCGGACUUACUUGUCCUCAGGGCUUCGGCAUUGAGGAUCUGGCAAGGGUGAUGAACUGGGGUGCUAAUGACUCCUUCGGACCGGAUGUGCCCGUUUUGAGCGACUUAGCCAAACUGAAAGUGACAAAUGUGGCUUUGGGAGUGGCCUUUGCAAAUGAAAGCAGAAGCGGAGAGACGCCAUCGGGAAUCAAGGUCAGUGUCACUGACUGGAGCCUCGCUCUUCGGGUGGAUAGGAUCACCCUCAUCACCGAAAAAUUCGUGCUCGAGAAGCUGGAUCUGGAGCUCUCUGGUGGGACCGGUCCAGGCGUGUACGCGGAGGGAUGCGGCUAUUUCAGCCUUCCGGCCCGCGAGAAGGAGUUGCAAGUUGGAUUUGGACUUCCACAGAGGAUUUCCCCUGGAUAUCUCCAUUGUGAAGCCCCUGAGGGGCUAAACCUGGCCGAUGUCCUAAGCUUGAUUGAUGUGCCUGUCCCCCUCACUGGCGUGCCGUUCGUGGAAACAAUGGUAGAUGUCGAGUUGAUGUCCUUCCAUUUGGAUGUGGGCUACAAGAUGGAACAAGACGAGGAGAACCCUGUCGAGCCAACUGAGCAGAAUAUGUGCAUUCUGGGGGCUAUGGCGGCAUUCCGUCAUGAAGGCUUUACUCUCGGCAAGCUCGAGUUUAGCAACGUGUUGUUCUCCUUUGCUUGGGAAAGGCAUGGCGUGAGCGCAGUGACUGAAAAGCCAGACCCAACUACGCCAUCAACACAGAAAUCGUCCUUGCACUGGGUAGCUCAGGCGUCGCUCCCAUCAAGGACUCUGAACGCGAAAUUGACGUAUCGCUCGGAAACCAAAUCACUCACUGCUGAGCUAAUUCCACUUCGCCCCGCUCUGGUCGGUGAACUUCUAACAACCGUCUUGCCUUCCGACUUGAUAUCAGGGAUUCUUCCCAUUGUGGGAGACUUGCGCCUCCACGAGGCAAAUGUCAUCUUUAGCUUCGAGGAGGAUGUCAUCACUGAGCUCAACUUGUGUCUGCUAGAGUCCGAGUCGAUGUCUUUCCAGACCAUUGAUGGCGCCCACGCUCCGCUCGUUAUUUCUGGAAUCCAUGUUCAUUACCGAAGGGCCAAGCCGACUGAGAUUGUUGAAAAUAGGCUUGCCGAAAGUGGCAAAAACGGACAAUUGCUCGACCAGCCGGAUAAGGAUGAUCCGAGCGGUUCAGAUUUGGUCGGUAACAUGUUCAAGGACACAUCUCGCGAUACAUUGGUGAUUAUCGGCGAGGUCAAGCUGAAUGAUCUGAGAGCCAAGAUAGAAUUCAUGUAUGCUUCGGCCGUAGCUGAGAGCAAGCUAGAACAGGGUCCGUCAGAGAAGCCGUCCAACACGACCAAGUUGGCUAAAACACCCAAAAUCACGAAGGGCCAGAUCGCUAUCAGAGUCUCAGCCGUGGAUACGAGCGCUCUCACCUUGCAGAAUCUCAUGGAUUUAUUCGAAAUGCAAGACGUCAAGUACGAAAAACCCGAGGAUUGUCCGGGAUUCCUUACAUUCGGGCUCGAUUAUGCAGUGGGAAUUGUGAGUUUUGCACCGUCAGGAGGUGAGGCAGGCUCCUCUAGCCGAGGCUUCAAGCUUGAGCAACUCGAGGUGGUGGUCCAGAACCACAAGAAGUUUACAAUCUUCGAGACGUCGCCGCCGCUUGAGCUAGAGCGGCUGUGGUUGAAAAUCAUGUACUCGGUCUCAACAGAAGCCUCUCCGCGUGGAAAGCCAGACCCCGAUACUGGUGAAAACACACAUGUGCCUGCUGGUGACAAGUCAGAUGCUAGCAGUAGAACAUACAGCAUCGAAGCAGCAGUGUAUGGCACAAUGACCAUAUCCGAUUAUCGGUUAACAGUUGCUUUCCGCCACACCAAAAAAUACGGCACUGCAUUUGCGGGGAAGCUGUCCAAGGGCGAAGAGCUUCCUGCGGACCAGAACAAGCUGGACAUUGCACACAUUGCGGACAAGUUCCUGGCGCCCGCACCGACAAACAGAAAGAGCAAGUUCGAGUUUCCAUCGGAUAUCAAGCUACCAAAAGACAAGCUGGUAGGAUCGGUGUAUUUUGUCUUCAAGCCUGGGGAAUUUCUCGAGGCAGUUGCAUUCGGCGAAAACGUGUGGAGCGGCGAUUUUGGCGGUGAUUUGAAAUUCGAUGUGAAGAAACUAGGGGCAUACAUUCGAAUCACCAAGUCUGCACUGUUGCCAGACGACACCAAGCGAAAAUUUGAGUAUGAGAUUUAUUUGCAUGGGGAAAUGACGAUCAACGACUUUACUAGCGCUCGAGCAACAUUGGGUAUAUCUCCAGGACGCGGAGCAACUCUCAGAGCAAGUAUUAUGCGGGACAUCAGCGGAAGCAGCGCCGAGGGAGGGGAAAUUGGAAGCUUUGCUGAUCCACUAUCGAAGACGAACCAGACUUCCAAUUGGUCUACUUUGGUGAAGAGUACAAGUCCAAACCCUUUCGCUGUGGAGGGGUCGGCGGUCCUCUUCAUCGAUUUCAAGGCCCCACGCUUUGUUCUUCUCGGAAAGAUCAAGGAUAUUGGAUAUGCUGUCCUCUCAAGCCGCAAGCUGGUCGAGACACCAGACAAGUAUGGAGUGUACUUUUCGCUAAAUGCCGAGAACGUGCACAAUCUGUGGACCUCGCAGAAGACCACCGUGUCCAACGUGUGGAAGAUAAGACGUGUUGCGAUGCAAGUGGUGACCUACGAGACCUCCGUCCAGGGACUCAUUGAUAAUCUCAAAACGAGCAAGGACAACGGCAAACAGCAGAAGAUGCUCGAUAUGGGGACACCCGAUGGACCGGAAGCGCCAGCAGAACCCAAAGAAACACCACAGGACCACCAAGACGUGACAAUCUUGUCGAAGCUCAAACCCGAGGAAAAGAUCGUUCCAGGGGCGUGGUUUUUCGCCGAAAUCACCGUUCCCAGUCCGGGGGAUGCAACCUCGAGCGAGAGCAUCCUGGAAUCGAGUCUGGCCUGUGCAGUGUCAGACAUGAAUACGCUGUCAGAUUUGCCCUCGCCGACCGAAACAAAGAUGCUUCUGUUUGCCUGUGUGUCGAAUAUGUCUGCUCAGAGCGAGUCCCGUUACAGCGUCCGGAUCGAGAAUCUCAAGCUUCUGGGUGGGUUCAUGACGGUAGUGAAUGGCACUGGAACCUACUAUCCAGGCGACGAAGCAAUAUCGAACAAUACCCGAAGAUUGGAAGUCGCAGCAUUGCUCAAGUUUGGGGGUCUGCAGAGGGACACACUCGACUUUGAGAUUGACUUGCAUGUGAACCACUCGGAGACGUGGUUCAAGGCGAGAGCCGGGGGACCAGUACUGGAGAAGCCGUUUGAGGAGAUGUUCAACGUAAAGCUUGUUGAUUUGGAGGUGGCGGGAGCGUUCCGCAAGGAUAAAGCAGCAGGAAACUAUCUGACCGUAACAGGAAAGGUGCAAUUGGGAAGGGAUAUCUUCUCACCAGCAGGUUCCAGCGAGCGAGAGCCCCAUUUGACUGGAAUGAUCCUCUUUCACGACAUGAUACCGAGAGGCGUUUUGCUGCAAUACGACACGGGAGCCACUGGCGGGCUCAGUGUAAGAGAUUUCCACAAGAAACUUCUGGUGACGGGUCCUGAGGAUCUGGAAUCUUCGUCUGUCGGGUGGCCGGAGGAGUAUCCGGAUUUUAGAUUCGAGUCGGCGAUGAUUUACUAUGUUUCCUCAACGACAUCAAGUGCUAUGCCGACACACGACACUAUCCCGUACAAGCAAACGCAUCUAUGGCCUGGCUAUCAUCUGAGUGCCACUGUGUAUCUCUUUGACAAACCGUUCGAACUGGGUGUGAACAUCGGUGAUGCCAAGACGGCAGGAAUAUCCUUCUCGGCAGUGUAUAAGGGAGUCAUUGAUCUGGACAUCGUCGAACUGAGCGGCUACAAGUCAACGAAAACCCCUGAGCAGUAUGAUGGGCCCGCUAUUGUGGUGCGGACAAAGUCUGAUAGUAGGGGGGUUUCCUUUGAAGUUAAAGCGGGUGUGAGCCUGUUUGGAUGUGCUCCGCUCAGCGCGAGUCUUGAAUACAAGACGGAGCCAACACGAUUCCAUGGAACCAUCGAGGUUCCAGCAGACUUUCUGGGCCUUGGAGGAGAGGCCCACGAGAUUGCGUUUGAAUACAAGAACAGUCGUUUCCGCUUAGACGGCUUGAAGGUGGCGAAUGCGUUCUCGGACAUUGCCAAGGUGGAGGAGCUUCUGGAAGAAGGAUCGAAGAUAUUGAAGCAGAAAGGAUGUGUAUGCGAGCCGCUGGUCAAAUUGGCGUUUGAGAAGACGAUUGUGGGCAAGUUCAAGUUUGGGAUCCGGCUACCAGAGGAGGGAGAACUGAAAGAGGGAGUAAAGGUUCCAGAGAUUCGAGAAGCAGACGUUGGGGCUGUUGCUGGAGCAGAGGCAGUGGCUGGUACUGGCACUGUUGCUGCACUUGACACUAAAGUUGAGACGGAAUCUGGAUCUGAUGCCGAUCCAAAUACCAACCGUGAUAUACUUGGCGGCAAACACAGGAGCAUCCUGAACAAAGAUGGCGACCUCGAACUAAAGUUCACCUGGCAAUACGACAUCAUGACGGAAAUCGGCAGCGUCUUCCUUUUUAGCGUCCACUUCAAAGACUGGCCUCUACGGAUCAGGCCCAAGGUUGGAAAGAAUGGACUGCUAGCGGCAAUCAAGGCGAUUGUGCUUGAUAAUAUCGGGUUGGUUGCGGAAGAGCUAGUCAAGGAUCCAAGCAAUCUGGCGAUAUUAGCUGGUGUUCUGGCGCUAGACCAACUCGCCCCCGAGCUGAUCGCGAGCUUCCUUUGCCGGGGAACGAAGAAUAGGGAUCUGACGAAGCAAGGAAACAAACAAGUCAACAAGAGUAUCGAUGAAUCGUGGGAUCUUCUGAAAAUCGCAGAGAAACUGGUGGGUGUGGUUGGGGGCGUGGUUGCUGUUGUGUUGGCGGCUGAGGGAGUGGUGACGAUUGUUGGAGCGGCACUGGCGAUUGGAGAGGGGCUUCUGAUCGGUCUAGCAGCUGUGGCAGCGGCCUUGAUAAUUCUGGAGGCGUGUCGCCGCUUGAAGAACUUGGUGGCCGAGAACAGCACAACCACUCCGGAGGAGAAGGAGGAGAUUGAGAAGCGGUUUGCUGAGGCAGAAGAGAAGCUUAGGGCGGCCGAAAAGGCGCUGAACGAGCACAAGGCCAAGUUCGAGGAAAUGAUGGUAGUGGACUUGCAGCCUGCCACUUUCACUGCCGAGGUGGAUGAACCGCAAAAACGGCAAUUGAAGCUUGACUUCUCCAAGGCGUUGCCGAUGGUCUUGAUGGACCCGAAUGGCCAGCUAACAACCGAGGGCAACGUCACGUGGACUGUAGAAAUGAGCCACGACAAGAGUUUUACGAAUCCCGUGAAUCCCGUUACCAAGGCAGUUACAGGAACCUCGAUUGCUGUUCUGGAAGACGCAGCCACUUGGCCAUACGAACGGACGUUCUUCGCUCGAGUCAAGGCCUCGCUUCAGGUAGCCAAGGCGGACGAGAAGGGGGUUAUGCACGAGACUGUGUAUAUGGCAAGCAGUUGGAGUACGGUUGCCAAGCUCACCCUCACACCAUAUCUCCGUCCCCCGACACUUGUAGAGCUGGAAGUGGAAACGGCGAAUGAUACUGCCAGAGUUGAAGUCACGGGCCAUAGUGAAUGGCUGAGGGUGCAGGUCUGCGGCGGCCCGAGCCCCAAUAUGGAGGAGAUGGUAUAUUGGGACGUUCGGCACAACACAAAGGAUGUGGUGCAUGAAGCAUUCUCUUGUUCUGGGCAUCUGGCCGAUCCUGCUAAUGGGUUUAGUGCAGACACUGCGAUGGCGCGAGCGAAGAACGUUUCCCUGUCGGAUGAGUACCAAGAUUCGGAGUAUGUGUACUCUCCUGCCCUUCCAAUUGGCGGGCGAGUAUCGGAUGUGCGUGCGGACAUGAAGAAUAGCAGACUGUGGACCACCUGGACUAUUCCUUCAUCAGAGGGCGAUGCUGGCCCACAAGACGACGUCACUGUGUAUGGUAUUCUUCCGUCUGGAAUGUGGGUCAAGGCCGAAGCAGUGGAAGCCGAUCCUGAUUCGGGCCGUGGCAUUGAGCAUUCCAGAAGUGCGUUCUUCACACUUCCAUCCGUUCAUGUAGCACACGGUGACAUCAUCAAUGCUGCCGUGUGUCAAACCCGUGCUGUGUCGACGAAGGAACGGCCCCGAUUGAAGCUGUUCAGCAAGUCCAGCAACAAACUCGAGGUCGAUUACGUGCCGCUGCUGACAAUCAACGAGGACAAGGAAAAGACAUUCUUGGAUCUCGAGUCCGGCAAGCUUACUGUGUCCUUUACGUCGGCGAUUGAGCGUCCAAAGGACAGUCAUGUGUUCCUCCGAGUCCGGCGUGAUACCGGCAAAGUGAAGGAACUGGAGUGCAGUGGUGAUAGCAGUGGUAGUGUGACGAGGAUUGUUGAUACCGAUGUGCGUGCUGGUAUAGUCGAGACAACAGCUGUCAAGAUCCCAGUGGUGGCCAACAUCGAGCUGGUGAUCCAGGACUCACGGUUCCAAAAGACAAAGACCAGCGCCCCUUGGAAGCUGACAAUGUCCCAGUCGUCACUUCCGAUGCCAACGCUUGCCGUUUGGGGCAGUGGAGCGGGUGUGCCUCCCUCUCUUGCAGUAUCAUGGACCAAAGUUGCUUCUGUUUCGUCCAUUAGUCUCAGCGCUCGUCCAGCAGCCUCAACUUCUCCAACCUCAUGGCUAGAGGUGCCGAUAGACGUGGCCACGCCGACCACGUCAACGAACUUGCUGACUGAUUCCACAUGGCCAACCAGUCCAGGAUCGGAGUUCGUCAUCUCAGUCCGAUUCAACCGGAAAUCAGUCCGAGGCAAACCAGCCACAAUCCAUUACACUGUUCCGGCGCCUCCAUCGGCUCCCAUUUUCGUCUCUGAAACCACAAAUCCAAUCUUUGCCGAUCCGGUCAGUCCGGAUUCGUCGCUCUCAUUCUCGUCUGUUAGUUCGGUCUUGUGGGCCAACACCGCUGGAACCGUCACUGGCGUCUACGUGCGAGUGAGCGGGCCGGCUGGCGAACUUGGAAAGACCUCUCAGAUUGUUUCGAUAGAAGCACCUGGAAGCUCCUCGAGAGAAGGGAUCCCAUCCGCACAUCCCGCGUCAUCGGGGGUUGCCCAUGUCUCGCUGCAUCCGUCGCACGAAGAAAUCUUCUGGAUCGAUUCCAUGGGCUCAAUCCAAUCACGCCGAUGCGUAUCUGUGGCUUCCGGAACUGUGGCACUCAAAUUCACUCGCACUUCCGACUUCCCUUUCAGUGUAGAUGGCACAGCGAUUGUGAGCUCCAAGCUUGAAGGACAAACACAUGCCGUGAUUCCGAUCACCGCCGUCGUUCGAGCGAACAAAAUCUACCUGGUAUGGGUGGAUGGAAAGGGAAGAUUGGUCGGUUCCAUGUACUCGGCACCUCCCUGGCUGAUUGCCGGGAGCGAGCCGCCAGAAGACGAAGACGGCGGGGAAUGGUCCGACGUUAUCGUUAUUGCUAAGGGAGACAGUGCCCCCAAUCCCACCAGCCCCUUGUCUACGGUUACAAGAGCAAGUGAGAUAAUCUGGUUCAGUCGAGCAGGCGCGGUGUGCUACUUUAAGCCAGGCAAGACCGGCAUCAAGGGGACACUCGGCACUGUCUGGGAUGGCGGCGACGAGACCGAUGCCGGCACUCAGCCAGUCAAGGGUUUGGCCGCCAUCUCGACUCCCCAGAGCGGGAGUCGAGUGUUUUGGGCGGACAGAAGUGGCAGCAUCAUGACUGCCGCUCGAAUCCAGGACAGUGACGAUUGGGAUGUAGGACUAGCAGCCGGUCCAGGAACUGCAGCCACGGAGUCGGACUUGGCGGCAACGCUUGGCAAUGACAACACAGUCCAACUCUGGGCAAUCGAUUCAAACGGCGCCAUGCUUGUUGUCAAACCACAGCUCAAGGAUGGCGCUAUUUCGUUUUGGCACAGCGGGGAGAUUCUCUCUCCCAAUACGGCCAUACUCAACGGCAGAGCAUUGCUAGCAGCAGCUGUUGCUACCAAUGACCAAAAUGAGGAUGCUGGGACGAUUGUCCUCUACUCGAAAGACGCACAGAAAAUAUCUUCCUGCAUUGUGAGCACGAAAUGA